AAAUCAAUGACGUAUUCAAUAAUCGCUCUUUGUGUAUUAUUGACAGUUGUGCAGGGAAAUGUUGAGGAAAGGAUAGAGAGAUUGAUGGGCUUGCAAUAGACCUAUUAGCAUACUCAAUCGGAAAGCUUUUUCUACUACACCCAAGUGGCAAAAUGCAGUUUGAAGGUAAAAAUAGUUGAUAAAUUGUUGUAGAGUAUAUCAAAUUGGGAUUGCGGUUCAUUUUGUGAUCACCACCCAGAUAUGGUUGAGGUGAAGGCAUUCUAUAAGUCUGAUCACCAUGCCCAAGCAUAUGUCGGAUACAACAAGAAGGAAAAUUUGGUGGUUGUGGUGUACAGAAGUAAGAGAAGUGAAUAACAUUAUUUUAGGUACUUAGGACUUUAUCAACUGGUACAACAACAUAAAGUUCUUUAAGCAUGAUUUUGGAGAUUGCAAGAAUUGCAAAGUUCAUUUAGGAUUUUGGGAAACUUAUGAUGACGUAUCAGUGGAGGUGUUGGCUGCUGCAAAACAUCUGAAAGAGAAGUACCCCACUUCAAAAUUGUUGAUCACUGGCCAUUCGUUGGGUGGUGCAGUGGCUUAUUUGGCUGCAGUGGACUUGAAGAAACUGGGAUUCAACAUCGACUAUUUCUUUACUUACGGAUCUCCUCGUAUUGGAACCCAUGAGUUUGCUGUUUGGUUUACUAGUUUUGUUGGAGCUACAGAACAUUGGAGAGUGACUCAUUACAGAGAUAUGGUUAUUCAUUAGCCACCUUCCUCAUUCUCUUACAAGCACCCUCCCCAAGAGGUUUGGUAUGCUCAUGAUAACAAGUCAUAUAAGGUAAUUUAAGGAUGUAUUAUGAUGUAUAGAUUUGUUCAAGUGGAAUUGAUGAGGAUCCAACUUGUGCCAAUUCAAUCAUUGGUGAUUCUGCUGCAGAUCACACCAGUUAUUUCAACGUUAGUGGAUCAUGCACAGAAGAAUUCACAGAAGAUAUUGAAAUUUGAUUUAAUAUUAAUAAUUU